AGAGGGACUGCUUUAACAAUGGCAGCACGAUAACAGGAAAAAAAUCAUAGCACCGUCCCCUCCCUGUCGCAUUGUUGCUACUUCGUAUCGCUGGUGAUUCGAAUUCUUUGUCACUAGGAAUUAUCGAUGAUAUUUUCAUCGUCUUUAUUCGACACUUUAUGUCGCGUGUUCUCAGCCAUUGCGAUAAACAUCGAUAAUGUAACGGGAAAAACUUGAUUCUGUAAACAAUGUCAAAAUUUAACAGGAUACUUUUUCUUUACACUUUAUCAGCUGUUAUCGCUUCAGCUUUAACUGUGACUUCAACUUCUUUUUGCGAAGUACCUGAUCAUGAAUUAGGUUUUAAUUAUAGCUUCACAAAAUUAUCAUCAAAUAACGGAGAUAUUAUUAUUGAAAAUAAUCAUCCAAAAGAAACAAUACGUAUGCAAUUAUGUUCCAUUAAGAAAAAAUGUAACAGUCAAGAUGGAUAUGCAAUAUGUCUAAUAAAUAAUAACACAGAAAAAGGAAUAGGAAAAUUUCCUCCGGAAGUUGAGAAUAAAUCUGGGAGGAUAUCAUUUCAUUUUACCGGUGACAAAUGUUCAUUGUUUAACAAUAAAGUUAAUUAUAAAGUGGAAAUUAUUAUGUAUUGUGAUUAUGAUGCAGAAAGUAAUUCGCAUCCUGAGAUAUUUCCAUAUGACAAUGAGAAACAAUGCAAAUUAUUUAUGGUAUGGAAGACAGCAUUAGCUUGUGGUAAAAGAUUCCAAACAAAUUGUACAGUUGUCAAUGAUGGUUAUCAUUAUAAUUUAAGUUCUUUAACAAGAUCUUCGGAAAAUUAUGUCAUUCAUACAAGAGACGACAUGAAAUGGCCUAAAAUAGUGUUAAAUGUUUGUCAUUCUAUAAUACGUCAAUAUGAUGCUAGAUGUCCAAUGAAGUCAGGUGCUUGUUUGGAUGAUGUUGGAAAAUCUGAUAGAUAUACGAGUUUAGGAGAAGUACAAGAACCUCCUUUCUUUAAGGAUGGGUAUUUACAAAUAGAAUAUCAAAAUGGUGCAGUGUGCAAAAAAAAUAUUCAGCCUCAACAUAUUAAAACAACAAUUAAAUUUAUAUGUGUAAAGGAAGCCAUGGGGACUAUUCCAGAAUAUGUUGGUGGAAUGGAAGAUUGUCAUUAUCAAUUAAUAUGGCAUACUGCUGCAGCAUGUAGUAUAGAGUCUCUACUUGAAUACAGUACCAAAACAGCAGGCAAAUGCUUGGUUACGAAUCCAAUCACGAAUUUUACAUAUAAUUUGCAGUCACUGAUGAACAAGGAUUUUACAGUCGUAAAUACAAAUGGCAUAAAAUAUAAAUUCAGAGUAUGUGAAGCACUUACAAAUAAUGUAUGUGGAAUUGGAGCAGGAAUAUGCAAUUUAAAACAUAAUACACCAUUGGGCCAAGCUAAUACAAAUUUGACAUGGCAACAGGGUGGCCCUUAUUUAAAUUACACUAAUGGUGAUUUAUGCGAAAAUGGGAUGCAUCAUUAUACAGUUAUUGGAUUCUUCUGUGGACCGGAAGGUUCGUCCAAUGAACCGUUGCUUAUGGAAGAUUAUCCUUGUCAGACUGUUAUACACUGGAAUACAGAUCUAGCAUGCGAGAAAAGAAUUAAAUGUACGACUAAUAACGAUGAUGAGAUUAACUUAACUCCUCUCAUACAAUCUACAAAUAAUUACAUUGUAAGAGCCAACGGUACAGAGUUCCAUAUAAAUAUCUGCAGACCCCUAGUCCCCACUCGAAGUCUUACAUGUGCACAUGGUAGUGCUGCUUGUAAAGUUUCGGUAUUUUCAAAGAAUGAAUAUACCAAUGAAAUCAGUUUGGGAUUUCCUGAGGACAGCCCCACAUUAAAUAAAGAUCUACAAAUAGUAUUACGUUAUAUUGGUGGAUCACAGUGUCCAGAGGAUCCAACUAAAUCAAUAUCUUCAAUUUUCACCUUUGUUUGUGAUAAUAAUAAUCAGGGACUUCCAGUAUAUAAGACUUAUGUUAAUUGUACUUAUAUGUUUGAAUGGAAUACCAGUAUAGCAUGUGGAGCUGUGAUAGGCGGUUGGACGCCACCUUGUACUAUAAAAGACAGUUUUCUCUCGUACGAAUAUGAUCUUUCUUUAUUAUAUAAAAAACAACAGAUACACUAUGUGAAAGGCAAACAAAGCAAGGAAUACAGUAUAAAUAUUUGUGGCGGAGAAAAAUAUUGUAACGGCUCUGCUGUAUGUCAUGGAACUAAUGGUUAUGGAUCACUGAAGAGUGUGCUUUUCGAUUACAGCCGAGAUGAUGUAAAACUUAAAUAUUCAAAUGGCAGUAAAUGUAACAAUAAUUCCUAUACAUCCGAAGUAAGAUUUAUAUGUAACGAUUCCAUGGGCAUUGGUGCACCAAAACUGCUACUGGAAUCGCAAUGUAGCGCGGAAUUUGAAUGGCACACUGAAGUGAUCUGCGCGAAACAUGCCAAUUCUCGGGACGCGGAAAAAGUACCGUCCUCUGGGAUUCUCUUGGUCUCUUCUAGUCACGGUAAACACGCUGGGGCGAUAGCUGGCAUAGUGCUAACUGUGAUCGCGGUAUUGGCCGCUUUAAUUUAUUUCCGAAAACCGGAGAAAAGAGCGUGCUUUCGCUCAUGGAUGAGUCUGCUUAGUUUCAGGAGAGGCGCAGGUCGUGUCCAGUAUUGCAGAGUCGAUACAGUCGAGGAAGCUAGACUCUUGUUCGACGCUUCCGAUCCCACACAGUGUCAAACGGACAGCGAUGAUGAUCUUCUGCACGCAUAGCGAAAUAUAAGGUUGUUAUUUUCAUUCCAUAAUUAUACAUUUUCCCGAAUUAUAAUAAUUUAUUUUCAAUAUUUUUCUGUAACUGAUCGAAUAUAAACCGUCUUGAAAAUCACAUGGAAUAAAGUAGAAUUAAUA